AUGUCUGACACCGAAGAAAUGCUGAUAGCAACGCGAUCCCGAAGAUCAAAUGCUGGUAACAAGAUGCAAAAGUUGCUAGAGCAGGAGCGUGAAGAAAUGAAGGAGCGAACAGCAGUGCUAGAUGAUGAUGAAAUCAACCUUCUCUUUCAAGAAGAUGAGGAUGAUGAGGAAUUCACUGUAGAUAACAAGAGGAAAAGGGAUGAAGAUGAGGAGUUCUCGGAGUCUAAUGACGAGAGCGAGGAGGAGGAAGAUGAGGAAGCUGGAGAAAGAGAGCUACAGAGACAAGAAAAGAAGAAGCGCAAGUUGGCUCAGAAGAAAAAAGUUCCUGUAAUUAAGAAGCGUCAAAAAGAAGAGGCACCUUCCAAACCACAAUAUGAUCAACCAAGUGCUGAAAGCCUAUUACUUAAGACGCGACGUACUUCUAAGAGAUCUUCAGUCGUGGCAAAUAAACUCCAGGUUUAUGAGAAACUAUCUCAGGCGGAGAAGAAGCGCAAAGAGAUUCAGGAACGUAUACGUAAGCACAAACAGAAACAAGCAGAGGUGGAAAUAACUCAAGAGGAUCGUCUUAGAGAAGCUGAGGAAACGGAGAGAAUCAAUUUAUUAAGUCUAAACAAAUUUAAAGAGCAGGAAAUCUAUAAAAAGCAAACAAGGAUGGCCCUACACCAACGUAAGAAAAUGGACUUCAAACCUGGCGAAAUGGUUAUUCGGAUUCUUACCACAGACUGGCUGAUUAAUCCAUUGAUGGAGGUCGAAGAUAGAGAGUAUUGGGAACAGCAAUUGGCGAAAAGACACAAAAAGAAGAAGAAGUACACCAGAAGGAAAAAGGGUAAAACAGAAGGUGAAGAGGUUAAUAACGUAACUUCUGAAGAUGAUAAGGCCAUUAAUAAAUCAGAAAACGUCCACGAAAAAAAACCUAAUGGAAUCGAAAAUAGUCCUGAUGGUGAAAAUGUUUCAGAAUCUAGAAAUCUAACGCAAGAUGGCGCAUUACCGGAAAGCCAAAUAACUAUUACAGGGCAACAGCCGUCUGAACCUGUGAAAGAUGUUAUUACUUCGAUUGGCUCAACAAAAAAUGCUAUCCCAAAUCAUUUAGAGUCUCCAUCAGUAAAUUCACAGAUUGACGAGAGGAUAAAUAGUUCGGACACUGCUGGUACCGAGGGGAACUCGGCAACGGAAGGUACCAAUUCAAAAAAUACUAUUCAAGAAGAGAUCAAGGGGACCUGGGAGGAAAUUGACGGUGUUCAUACGGAAUAUGACAAAAUCCAGAGGCAACCCAAUUCGACUUCGGGUAAGGUGAUUACAUCCAUGGAGGAAUUGGAAGAAAUAGGAGAGAAAGAUCCUUUAUUAUCAUGCGAAUCCGAUGAUGUAAUUGGUGCCUCACCAUCAAAUGAAAAGUUGGAUGUUGAAGAUCGUCACCACGUGGAAUCAAAGAAGAGUACAUCUUUCACUGAAGGCUCAGAACAUCCGCCAAUAAAAUCGGAACACGAUGGCGACCAAAAUGUACAGAAGCAAGUUUCUUUUGCUUCACGAGAUGAAAUUGUGUUAAUUGAUGCAAAUGUUCCACCGGAUAGAAUUUCACCAGUAACCGAGCAUUCCGCGGACGCCGACCAUAUUAAAAGUGAAAUGGAAGAAACGCCCGAAACAGAUGACCCCGCAGAAGAAAAGGCGGUGGAAUUCUUAGAAGGACCACAGCAGUUAGUAGGAAGGAAUUUUGUUACUCUUUACACAUACCCCGAAGAAACACCAAUGGUUCAUGAUGUGCGCACGUAUUUGUUUGGUCCACAGUGGUCUCGGCCGCUGAACUCACGCUCACAAGAGGUGGAAUUGGUGGCAAAGAUUACAAAUAAUGAUAGAGGAAUGGCAUGGACCGACGUGAUAAACUCUCCUCUAAUACCCGACUAUAGCGUUCUUGAUAAGUUCUCUGGUUUUGGAGAAUAUGAUAAAACACCUUCGACCGAGGUUGUGGAGGAAACAAAUAAGGAGCUUGAGCUAGAUAUCAAAACCGAAGCACCUACUGGUGUCUUCUUUCCAAACGGUGUCAGAAAGAAAUGUCUCAUAACGAAUAGAGAAUGUCAGUAUUUCGACCCAAAGAAUGGGGUUCCAUAUGCUGACGUCGAGGCGUAUAAGACCAUUCAAGAACUACAAGACCCUAUUGGUGAAGAUGGGACAACGGAGUCACCACAUCCUAGGUUCAAGUGGUUUGGUUUUGCUCGGGGCGGCAUCUACCUCGACAUACAGCAGAGAGCUGCUAAUGGGGUACCUGAAGGAUUUUCAUAA